UAAAAACCGGCCUCCGCCGCUGCACCUGAGGAGAAGCACUUACGGGGUGGGACGAGCGGCGUUCCCGGCACGAGCAGACAUGGGCAGGACGCUGGCUUGGCGGCUCGUCUUCGGGCUUUUUGUCCUGGCGCUGCUUUCACCCUCUCAGGGGGAAGCUAGUAAAACUACAGUUGCUCCGCACAAUAAUUCAUCCGUGACUUCUGUAUCACUUAACAUAAAUAGCACCACCAAGGGACAUGGAAAUUAUCUUCAGUCAACUACUGGCCUCUUCAUACUCUCAGUCUCGCUCCUGUACUUUUGUUAAAGCAUCUGAUCUGGGAAAACAACAUCCUUCCCUACCAAGUUCCCUAAUUCAUCUAAGAUGGUGAGACCUCUGUAUUCUGAGAAUUAUUAAAAAACAAACAACCCAGAAUAAAAUACUUGUAUCCAGCCAGUACAGUUCAGUCACUGAUACCAAUUUGACCAAGAUGCUUAAUAAGAAUAUCUGAUGAAUUGAAUCAACCUUCCUUCAAAAAUAAUUUGAUUCACAAGAUAGCCUGUGGGCUCUAAUAUUCAACACCUUGAACUUGACAAUAUAAGAGAAAUGCAACAAGCCAUGGAUCAUGCCUUCGAGAGGAAAGAGUUGAUAAAGCUAUGCAAAAUAAGGAGCUUGAUUUGAAAAUGACACUCAUCCUCUAAGCUUAUAAAACCAGUAAAAAAUGAAAA